GACUGUAUUUGUGAAAAUGUCGGAAUUGAGAUUCAUUUUCUAUUGAAUUUCUUUUAUGACAUGUGGACUAAAAUGCUAAGAUUUUUAUUCAGUUGAUGUGGACUUAGAGUAUAAGAAUGGCUGGAGUUAAUUUACAGGAGAAACUUCAAAAGGGUUCGGAUGACUUUCACAUAGAUAUGAAGGCCUUCGAUUUUGUGUUCAUGUUUAACAAGAGCAUUGGGAGUUCCAAAGUUUUCUACUUUAUGAUCGACCCCUGGAUGAACAAUAGACUGUUUCCAAAAUGUAAUGUCAUGCGAUUUGGCAAAUUAAGAAACUUGGUGCAUUUUAAAGCAUUGGAAUUGGACGGAUAUCUGUACAUCAUUGGCGGAAAGGACUGGGAAACAGGGGAACAUCGCGAUGAAACAUGGCGUUACGAUCCCGGAAGUGCUAAGUGGACCGGAAGAGCUAGGAUGAACAUCGCUAGAUGUCGUCACACGGCCGAUGUCCUUAAUGGCUGCAUCUACGUUACAGGGGGAGAGGUGCAUGGUGGGAAAGUCUCCGACAGCUGUGAGAAGUAUGACCCAAUUAAGGACAAGUGGAUCGAGGUGGAACCCAUUCCACGUCCUCGUGCCGACCACGCCGCAUGCGCAAACAAUGGGAAUCUUUAUGUUUCCGGUGGCAUCAGUAACCUUAAACAUCAGUGUUCAAACGUCUUCUGGAUGUACGAUCCCAUCAUGAACGAAUGGACGGAACCAGUCAUUGGUGUCAUUUUACCCCACGAACGGGAAAAACACGCCAUGGUUCCAGUGGGGAAGAAAAUAUACAUCAUGGGAGGUAGGGGUUUUGAUCAGGAGACAUUUUCUGAAAAAGACGAAGCGGCCAUAUGCAGUUACAACACUAAAUGUCGCGGUGACUUCCGGCGCGAUGCAUGUUGGGAUGUGAAUCAUCCUAAUAUGAACCAACCAAGAGCAAACGGUGGAGCAGUUUUAUUGGGUCAUAAUAUAUACAUGAUUGGUGGCAAGAGCUUCCAGCGGGACUGUGACGUGCUCUCUGUAGAGUGCUACAACACCAAGAGAAGGAAAUCUCGCGAGAUGUUCACACUUCCGCCAAGUGACAACUAUGUCAACUGCGACUGCGUGAUACUGAAGGUGCCAAUUACAAACAAAGACAUUAAUUUUAAUGAUGUUCUGCUGUUUGACAAAUGGAUCAUGUGGUGAUUCGAUUUAAGACAACACAUGUAUUUAUCUCUGUGAUUAUAGACCAAAAUAAACGAAAGAUGUAAUAUCAA